AUGCCCCGACUCAUCUUCAUGAACCCCUUCAAAACGCACUCGGUCGACGCGUUCCCCGGUGUCUACGUGCCUCUUGACGAAUCAGACCCUCGCGGCCCCUCUGCGCCCGAAGGCCAAAGCAGCCCCAUUGCGCCCACCGAAAAGGACGCCAAAGACGACAACACAUCUGUCCGCCCCCCAAGUGAUGCAUCGAGUGGUGUUGUUAACCAUGGAAUGACCCUCGCAGCACUCAAAGCAGAAAUCGAGGCCGACGUGGCUGCCUCUGGCACCGAUACUCCGUAUGACCGUAAGUCCAAAGUCAUCAACAAGGCGCUGGGUGACAUGGGCAUGGGUCGCUACCAGUGGAAGCUCUUCAUCCUCGCUGGCUGCGGAUGGAUGGCAGACAAUUUGUGGUUGCAGGGUGUGGCACUCACGCUGCCGCAACUGUCUGCCGAGUUUGGCGUCACUGACACUGAAGUCCGAUACACGACGCUCGCCCUGUUCCUUGGUCUCUGCAUUGGUGCAUCUUUCUGGGGCACCGCGUCAGACAUUAUCGGCCGCCGUGUCGCCUUCAACUUUACUCUGUUCCUCGCUGGAGCCUUUGGUCUUGCUUCGGGCGGCGGCCCCAACUGGAUUGGUACAUGCGCGCUCUACGCUUGCAUUGGCCUUGGUGUUGGUGGUAAUCUCCCUGUCGACGGCGCACUGUUUCUCGAGUUCCUCCCGCAAACUUCGGGCAACCUGUUGACGCUGCUGUCCGUCUUCUGGCCCAUUGGUAACCUGAUUGCUUCGCUGCUGGCGUGGGCCUUCAUUCCCAACUUCUCAUGCCCAGGCAGCACCCCUGUUGGACAAUGCAGCAUGGCUGACAACUGGGGCUGGAGAUACCUCAUCCUCACGCUUGGAGCCAUCACCUUUGUCAUGUUCAUCUCCCGCUUUUUCUUCUUCCAUCUCUACGAGUCGCCCAAGUUUCUGCUGUCGCGCGGUCGCCAGGCUGAGGCCGUAGCGACCGUGUACGGAAUUGCGUACUGCAACAAGACAACGACGUGGCUCACCGAGGACAUUCUCAACUACAUUGGCGGCGACCAGGAAGUGACUGGCGAGGAUGUCAAGCUCGGCGCCUUUGAGAUUAUCAAGCGUUCCAUCAGCCGCUUUUCGUUUGCCCGCUUCCGGAUCUUGUUCCAGGACAGGAAGCUUGCCAUGACGACGCUUCUCCUGUGGUUCCAGUGGGCCACCAUCGGCAUGGCAUACCCGCUCUUCAACGCUUUCCUGCCGCAAUACCUGGCCAGCUCUGGUGGCGAAGUGACCAACGACGUCAGCACCGUGUACCGCAACUACGCCAUCACUGCCAUUGUCGGCGUCCCCGGAUCCUUUUUCGCAUGCUACGCCGUCGAGCUCAAGUUCCUCGGCCGCAAGGGCACAAUGGCCAUUGCCACGGUCAUUACGGGCGUCUUUGUCUUUCUAUUCACCAUCUCCAAGGACUCGGACUUUCAGCUGGCCUUUACUUGCCUGGAGGCCUUCUUCCAGAACAUCAUGUACGGCGUGCUGUACGCGUACACGCCCGAGGUGUUUCCUGGGCCGAUCCGCGGUACGGGCACUGGUAUCAGCAGUUUCUUGAACCGUGUUGCUGGACUGUGCGCUCCUAUUGUGGCCAUCUACGCGGGGGACAGCAAUCCCAAGGCGCCCAUCUACGCAAGCGGCGGGCUGUUCAUUGCGGCAUUUUUCAGCAUGCUGGUGCUGCCGAUUGAGACGAGAGGAAAACAGACGCUGUAG